AUGUCAAAUGGAUCUGUACUGUCGUCAAUAUCUGCGGUGCUUGACGACCCAUAUGCUCCUGUUCAGCACUCGCGCUCCUCAUUAACCGAGCAAACGAGCAGGGGAAGUCUGUCUGGUCCAUAUGCUGCUCCUUCUCUCAAUGGAAUGCACACUUUGCCUCGCGCAGUCCCGCAGGAUCUUUCUGCGUCGCAGAUCUUAAAUGCUCCUGCUCAGAUCAUGGGGAUAUAUGCUCCAUCUCCUUCCCUUCUAGGGUUGAACGACCCACUGGGGCGAACGUCGGUUCGGGUUCCUGUGGUCAGCUUCGGGUUCGGAGGUAAACUGGUGACCUGUUUUCACGGAAUGUCUUCGGACGUCGGGUUCGAUGUUGCACUCUCUUCUCGUCAAUCUACCGACAUCAAGAUUAAUAAGCUGCACAAAGUCAUCCCAGAAUCGGCCUUGGAUACAUCGGCUGCGUCAUAUCCUGGGCCGCUCUUCUCAGAUCCAGGGACACCAACGACCAGUCUUGUGCGUGCCGGAGCAGCAACGCAGGCGAAGACGAAGAAGGCUCGUGUCAUCAAGUACCUCGAAGAGCGCUCGGAAGAGAUUGGUCGAAGCCUUGGCUACUUCCACCAGGGCAGUUUGGAAGCAAGACGCGCCGAAGCGAAACACAUACUCGUCAAGCUACUGAAGGUCAUGGUGGAAAAUGACGGCCACUUGUCUGGCAGCCCUCAUAUAGAUACAGCUGUACGAGCAGCCCUUGUGCCUCGUUUGGCACCUAAUCCAUCGCUGAAGACGGCGUCAUCGCUGAGCCUUUCGCGCCCAGUGGACUUUCAGCCUCAGUCCCCGAACAUUGCGCCAAUGUAUCCGGAGAUUGCGUCGCCAGCUCAAGGCAUGACCGAAUCACCUAUGGCGGUACAUACAUUGAAGCCAUCCAACCUGGACAAAAUUCAAGAAUACCUCCUCCGAGGGGAUCGUCGUGCAGCAUGCCAUUAUGCAUCAGACGAGAAGCUGUGGGCUCAUGCGAUGGUCAUUGCAAGUAGUAUUGAUAAGGAGACGUGGAAGGAGGUAGUCACUGAAUUCGUGAGAACCGAGCUGGCGAGCACGGACAGCCGAAGCGUUACUCAGACUUCAAUACCCGGGGAGAAGGCAAGGCUGUCUGACGGUCGAGAAUCACUCAGAGUUGCGUAUAGUCUCUUUUCCGGGAAAGGACCGGCAUCUAUUCAGGAGCUGCUCCCACCAAAACCCUUGAUGCAAAGCGCACAGACGCUUCAGCUACCACCUUCUUCAGUAUCAUCACUGACACCCAUAUCAGCUAGCUUCUCGGCACCUGUGGAGCCAAUGAACAUCCCAGGCGAGAUCCUAGUGAGAUGGCCUGAGACGAGCGCUAUGAUGUUCGCCAGUCCUCUCACCUUGGAGACAUCUUCGGCACUUACUGCUCUUGGCGACCAGCUGGCUGUGAACCAGUGGUAUGAGGCAGCGCAUGCUUGCUAUUUGCUGUCUCCGCAAACGUCUCCCAUAGGCGGCGUUGGAAGCUCCAGUCGUGUUGUCCUCAUUGGUGCUGAAAAUCCUGCCACUUCUUCAAUGUUUGUCAAAGAUCCUGACCCCAUCAUCUUGUCGGAGAUCGUCGAGUUUGCCAUGUCACUUGCGGCACCUACAAAGGGGCAGGACGCCUUUGUUGGGUUACCUCACCUUCAACCAUAUCGUCUUGUUCGUGCGACAUCAUUAGCAGAAAUGGGUCAUAUUCAGUUGGCGAAUAGGUAUUGUGAAGCCAUCGCAACUUGCCUCAAUCGGACAUCACCCUACAUGAAUCCCACUUUCAUCGAGCAGCUGAAAGGACUCUCCGAUAGGCUCACUGCGGCGCCGCAGUUGGAUAAGACAGCCUCAUGGAUUGGUUCGAAAGUGUCGAAGCCGAGCCUUGACAGUAUAGGCAAUUGGCUUGAGGGUCGACUCACGAAAUUCAUCGCGGGUGAUGGUGACUCACUGCAUGCGGAGGAUCAUGCUCAUGCAGGGCAUCAACAACCGUUCAGCGGGCCUUUCGCCCAUUAUAGCACAAUUACAUCAGCGAACAGCUCCGCGGUUCCGUCUCCCCAGCAGUCGCGGGUCGAUCUCAAUGAGAUGCCUAACUCUCCGCCGCCGCCGUUCAGGACCGGAUCCGCUAUGGCCUACCGGCCCUCCGCUGCAUCUUACGUCCCCAUGAAUCGUGCAUCAUCCGCGAUGGAUUACAUCCGUCCAUCGUUUCAGCGCAAGCCUUCACCGAUUCCACGUGUUUCUUCGGCCAAUGCGACAGCAAGCCCGUAUGCAGACGGUUCCUUAUAUAGUCAAGCGUUGAAUGGAUAUGCAUUCGGCAGCAGCAGGACAGGUCACACGGCGGAGAACGGAGGAUCAACCGGUACAGAGACAGCCACAUGGUGGGGAGUAUCCGAGUCGGAUGCUCCCACACCGACAGCAUCUUCGUUCAGUCAAGUUCACGAGAACGAGGCAUCAAUGUCUUCGUCUAGAUUUCUAUCUCUCAUGGAUGACCCAGCGUACUCUACGAUGACAUCCGUGUCCCAGACGUCCACUGCGUACAGCAGGCACGAACCCACAGUUGCGGAGGAAGAUGAGGAUGACCUUGGUCUUGGCAACUCAUCGACCCGGGCGAAACGGCCGCCAAGCGACGCUGAUGAGAAGUCAAAUACGCCACGACAGACCGAAGAACCAAAAGAGGAGGCAAACCCAACGCAAGACACAGAAAAGCCAGAACCAAAGCCUGCGUCAUCUGGUUCUUGGCUGAGCCGUCUUUGGAGGCGUGACUCUGCUCCCGCUCCGAUCAGGGCCAAUCUCGGAGAGCAGACGACCUUCUACUAUGACAAAGAGCUGAAACGUUGGGUCAAUAAGAGCGCUGGACCCGAAGCUGCCAAGCCCGCUCCGCCACCGCCUCCGCCGAGAGCACAGACGGCAUCGCCAGGUCGCUCGCAUGCGUCCCUUCCUGCAGGCGUAAAUCUGCCAUUGCCUCCUGCUCGCCCUGCCACCGCUAAUGCCGUCAGCUUUGGCAAUGGUCCUCCGAGGCCUCCCAUGCGAGUGCGCUCCAAUCUUGUGCCAGCAGAGGCUGAGAACGGGUCCGCACCUCCGACACCAGCGUCUGCUACGAUGCCGACCACUCCCGGGGUAGGCCCACCUCCAGGUGGCAGGUCAAGAGCACAGGCGAAACGCCCCGUGCGAAAUCGAUAUGUGGACGUUUUCCAGCAGCAGGCUACUUCCAGUUAG